AAUGAUUAGAAUAUCAAAUGGAAGCAUUUUCACUAUAGUCUCGGGAUUUUGGAGCCAGCUGUAUAUCACAGGCUGUCCCUUGUGUGUUUUAGAUUAUAUAUUUUGAAAAGGACACCCACAGGCAGUCAAAAUGCUGAGUCAACAAUCUGUGUUAAAAGAGCCGGUUUCACUGCUCAUCACAUCUAUUUAAGUGUGUGUGUGUGUGUGUGUGAGCAAUGAUACGUCAGCAGUCAGGUCCUUCUCGACUUACCUGUUGAUUUGCAUCGCUGUGGUUAUAAUCACGUGAUACCAGUAUAAUACCUGCGCCGUGCGUCGUGCGCUCUCUCCACACCUGGAAACUGUCCUCUAGUAAGCUGAUCUGUGGUGGAAAGGCUUGCUAGGCGCCUAACGUCACUGUACUAUUACACGGUACUAUUAAUACUUGCAGGAUAAAACAUGACCGAGUCUGCUGUGUCCUUCGCCAAGGACUUCGCGGCGGUUUGUAUCGCAGCCGCGGUGUCGGAGACUGCUGUGGCUCCGCUAGAGAGAGUCAAGCUGCUCCUGCAGGUGCAACAUGCCAGCAAACACAUUGCAGCCGAGAAGCAGUACAAGGGCUUCAUUGACUGUGUCGUGCGCAUCCCCAAAGAGCAGGGUAUUCUCUCGUACUGGAGAGGCAACCUUGCAAAUGUGAUUCGAUACAUCCCUACACAAGCCCUCAACUUCACCUUCAAGGACAGGUACAAGAGGUUCUUCCUAAAUGGUGUUGACCAGAACACGCAGUUCUUGCGCCACUUUGCUGGAAACCUGGCAGCAGGGGGCGCAGCAGGUGCCACGUCACUCACCUUCGUCUACCCACUGGACUUCUGUCGCACACGUCUGGCAGCUGACAUCGGCAAGGCACGAGCGGACAGGGAAUUUACCGGACUGGGUGACUGUUUUGGAAAAAUACUUAAGGCUGAUGGUCCUAGAGGUCUUUACAGAGGUUUCAACGUGUCCGUGCAAGGCAUCAUCAUCUAUAGGGCCGCGUACUUCGGAAUCUAUGACACAGUUAAGAGUACAAUGCCAGAUCCAGAGAAUAUCCACUUUUUGGUGAGCUGGAUGAUCGCACAAAGUGUAACUGUAGUUGCUGGAUUCAUCUCCUACCCCUUCGAUACAGUGCGUCGCCGCAUGAUGAUGCAAUCAGGACUUAAAGGGGCCGACGUUAUGUACACAGGCACAGUGAACUGCUGGAAGAAGAUUGCUCGUGAUGAAGGGGUCAGCGCCUUUUUCAAAGGAACAUGGUCAAAUAUUCUCAGAAGUAUGGGGGGUGCCCUGGUGCUAGUCUUUUAUGAUCAGAUAAAGAAAAUCCUCUGAAUGUCCAGAUGUGUUAUUAUGGCCAGCUUGCAAACAGGGACAGAAAACACUGUAAAACUAAAUGGUGCUCAUAUGUCUGUAGUUUUAUAGUGAUAAUGGCUUUGUUUGUUUUGGGAAAACCGGGUAUAGAUGUUUGAGAAAAAAAUGCUUCCUAUUCUUAUAAAUAUCUACAAACAAAAUGUUUAUUAGUAAAAGUUUUACAAUAGUUAAAUGCCUCCCAUAUUGUAUACU